GUUACUACCCUCCUUCUUGGGGUCAAGCCGCGGGAGUGCGAGUGUUAAUACACACUGGCUUUGGUUUGUGGUCGCAUAGGACUCUGGGGCGUCCCGCCUGCCAGCAUGCUGAGGCCGAGCCGUCUCCGGCGCCCGCGGAGCCUCGGGGCUCGGCUGGCCACGCCUGGAGCGCGGGGUUUGACUGGGCCGCCGUUGUUGUAGAGACCGGGAGGCGCCGCCGCUCAGGGCAGACGGUUCCGGGCGCCGCACGGUCCCCCCUUCCCCGUCCCCUCCCUUCCCCAUUUCCCCCACCGGCAGCAGCCGGGAGCCCACCGCUCCCCCCAUGGCCUCCGCCCCGGAGGACCCCGUUCUGGAGCGUUAUUUUAAAGGCCACAAAGCGGCGAUCACCUCCGUGGACUUUAGUCCCAAUGGCAAACAACUUGCUACUGCUUCUUGGGAUACAUUUCUCAUGCUAUGGAAUUUCAAGCCACAAGCUAGAGCUUUCAGAUAUGUGGGUCACAAGGAUGUUAUCACCAGCGUGCAGUUUUCUCCACUUGGAAACCUAUUGGCAUCUGCUUCACGAGACAGAACCGUUAGACUCUGGAUUCCUGAUAAGAGAGGGAAAUCCUCUGAAUUUAAAGCUCAUACAGCUCCAGUUAGAAGUGUGGACUUUUCAGCUGAUGGACAGUUUCUGGCUACAGCUUCCGAAGACAAAUCCAUCAAAGUAUGGAACAUGUAUCGCCAGCGCUUCUUAUAUUCCUUGUACCGACAUACUCACUGGGUACGCUGUGCCAAAUUUUCACCUGAUGGAAGACUAAUUGUAUCAUGUAGUGAGGAUAAAACUAUUAAAAUUUGGGAUACCACAAGCAAGCAGUGUGUCAAUAACUUCUCAGAUUCUAUAGGGUUUGCGAAUUUUGUGGAUUUUAACCCUAAUGGUACAUGCAUAGCUUCAGCAGGUUCUGAUCAUACUGUGAAAAUCUGGGAUAUAAGAGUGAACAAAUUACUCCAGCAUUAUCAAGUUCACAACUGUGGAGUUAAUUGUGUGUCAUUCCAUCCUUCGGGUAACUAUCUCAUCACUGCUUCUUCAGAUGGUACACUUAAGAUUCUGGAUCUCCUAGAAGGAAGGCUCAUAUAUACACUUCAAGGACAUACGGGACCUGUCUUUACUGUUUCAUUUUCAAAAGGUGGAGAGCUAUUUUCAUCAGGAGGUGCAGAUGCACAGGUUUUAUUAUGGAGGACUAACUUUGAUGAGCUGAAUUGUAAAGAUGUUUUUAAAAAAAGUCUCAAAAGAUUACAUUUUGAUUCGCCACCACAUCUUCUUGAUAUCUACCCAAGAACACCACAUCCCCAUGAGGGAAAAAUUGAGACUGUUGAAAUUAAUCCAAAACUUGAGGUAAUUGAUUUGCAGACCUCUACUCCCCCUGUUGUGGACGUCCUUUCUUUUGAUUCUACCACAACAACGGAAACUACUGUUAGAACUCUACCAGACAAGGGUGAAGAGAUGUGUGGAUAUUUCAUGAAUCCUUCUUUAAUGUCAUCAGAAAGUUCACCAACCUUGAAAAAGAAAACAGACGACGUGAGUGACCUCCCUUCUGAGAGUCAAAGAAGCAUACCACUCGCUGUGACUGAAGCUUUAGAGCAUAUUAUGGAACAGCUCAAUGUUUUGACAGAGACUGUUUCAAUCUUGGAGCAGCGACUGACUUUGACAGAGGAUAAGCUGAAAGACUGCCUUGAAAAUCAGCAAAAACUUUGCAAUGCUAUCCAACAGAAAAGUUAAAUAGAAAACUAUGAGCAGAGGCACUAUAAAUGAACACAUGUACAGAGGAAUGUAGUAUAAGAGGCUUCAUGCAACACAACCAUAUGCUAAUUAUCAUGGCAUUUCUUAAAAGAGUGAGUGCAACAGAACAAAAGGCAGAAAAGGCAUAAUUAAGGACUAAUUUAUACACACAAAUCAAUGUCAAGGACUAAUUCAAAUCAUUACCAUUUAUGAUUAGAGAAAUAAAAUGAUAAGCAUUCAAGUGACUCUAUAUUUUCCCCAUAUUUUUUUAAAUGUCAUUUUCAUUUAUAGUCCAGAUCCUACCCGGAAAGUAACCAGAUCUCUGGAUUUCAUUGUUAAGUCAUUUCAAGUUGACCAUGUUUUGGCAAUUCCUUAGAGCAAUUAAUGUAUUGUUUAAGUGAACACUCGGGGUAAAAUAAUUCACUUACCUCUAAAACAGCAUCCUAUGCGCAGAGAAUGAGUUAAUGACCUGUCUUGUAUUUCCUUCAGUUCACAGAAAACAUUUAUUCUUCCUUGCCAAUACCUUGAAAAAAUGAUCUUAUAAAAAUUCCCCAAACACAGAGUUUCCACAGCAAGAAUACACUUAUUUUAAUUAGCAACAGUAUAUGCAUAACAAAGGUCAGUGAGUUUUUAUUUAAUUUAUGGUGUAUAUUGUUUAUCCUUUGACCAACCUGAAAGAAAAUGAAGAGUUAAAAAUAUGUGAAGCACAUGAAUCUUUUCUUUCAUAGAUGAAUAAACUGAAUGAUUUGAGUUGUAUUCGAGCCUGUAAUCCCAGUUUACAAAGAUUACGUUAAUGUGAUUUCAUUAUGCUCAAAAGCCAGAAUGAUGCCACAGUGAUAUUUUAAGAUAUACACACAUAUAUGUUCACAUGCUUCAUAAAUAUUGCUGCUUAGGGUUAUUUUGGCAACUGAAUAAUAACUACUUAAAAAUAUUUCUCAUCAUCAUCUUCUCUUUUUAUUUAUUUUUUAAUGAAUUGUGAUUUUAAACUAAAUAAAAAUGAGCCAGGCAUACUAAAAGAUCUUGGUUACAAGUUAAGAAUUUUUUUUUUUUAUCUUAAGCAAAAUAAGAGAUUAAAUUGAAGAAAAAAAGAUUAAUUUUAGCUUGCUUUUCUGUUAACCUAUAUCAAAAAAAGAAGGUGGGAGAAGGCAAUUCACAUCUAUGAUGUCUAAAGUAACAUGGGGAAAAUGCUGUCUACAUUUUGGAAAACAAGAAAAAGUUAAGUCUUAUUUAUGUAGGAGUUUACAUUUAGAAAUUUUUCUAAAAGCAAUUUCACUUGUAUCUAUGAGGUGAGUUUUUUUAAUCAUCUCAUUGUGUGUGUUUAAGUGCCUUUUUAUAUUAUACUAAGCAUAAACUUCUAGACAUUUCCAAGAGUUUAUAAAGACUAAAUGGCAUUGUAUUUUUAUAACCUCAUUGAGAAGACUAAGAAAUGAAAUAUCAUACUGGUUUUUGUUUACUCUUUCUUUAUGCUUGAAACAAUAAAGACAUUUACCUAUAAACAAAA